GUAGCUCCAUUCGCUCGUCGGACGUCGCCGCGUACGGAUGUGCUCUUAUCUGUUGUUUAUUACACGCGAGCGAUAGUGUAUCAUCUAAACGCGCGCGUUCAUACAUACACUUGUGGUGCUUCUACUUGUUCGAUUACUUUCCUUUUUCAAUACAUCGAGUUCAAAUCUUCUUUUAUUCGACGAUAAAAGAUACAAACGAACGACGAACGAACGAACGAACGUACGAACGAACGAACGAACGAACGAAAGAACGAACGUGACGGAAAGUCAAUGGUGUGUGUGAACCAGAGAGUUUAGUGUGACACAGUGCACGGAUAUGAAUUCUCGAGACGACCGCCAUGCAUCUCCUUCGCCAGCGAAGGAUCCUUCCUGGAGACACGGAUUGAUGCCACGGGAUCGUUUCUACGGUGAAGAGCCACUCGAUCGUCCUAACUUAUCGUCCUGUUCAACUCGAUGAAGAACGAUUGUCCAAGGAAAAAUACAACAGCUCACGACGGUGAGGGGGAUCUGUUUUCUUUCAACAAGAAAAAAUCAAAAUAAAGAAGUACCUAUAUAAUAUUACGACAAACUCGUUCGCGCGCCUUUUUUUUUUAAUUAACUUCUGUCACCUGCCUCGCCGAAGGGGAAAAAAUAGCUAAAUAGAGAAAAGAGAUAUAAAGACAGCGUGUGUUCUACGAGAAAAAAUAGUGCAUUACGAUAUCAAUGAUCUAAUAAGAUUAAAAAAUAGUGGGAAAGAAAAACCAAAACGAAUAACCCCAAUUUUUGACGGUUGUGAUUAAAUACGGAUCUUCUUCUAAUUACUUUGAAAUCAGGAAUAGAGAAAAAUAAAAAGAAAAUAAAACGUGACACGCAAGUGAUUGGACGCGAGAGGAAGAUAAGCGCCUCGUAAGUUUUCUCUUAAGCGAUUUUCUUCCCAAAGAAGAUUGUGUAGGAUCGACCAAAAAACCACGGCAUGCCGUGGUUAGAGUUAGUCCAAGAGAACCGGAAGAAGAGAACCGGUUUUCGUAUAGUCGGACCUCAGUAAGGUCCGCGAAGGGGUUAGCGGCGGGAGCAAGAUAAAAUAAUAAAACAAAAGUUCAAAAGAAAAAGGAAAACCGAAAGAAAGAGAGAGAGAGAGAGAGAGAGAGAAACAGAGAGACAGAGAGCAAGAGAGCGAGAGGUAGGGCCCAAAAGCUUUUGUUUUUCGUCGUGACAAGCUGUCGGUGGGCUCCUUGGGCCCACCUCUCAUCGGUCAAGCUGGCGAGCGCUCUAACCGCUGGUAUGAACCCCCACCACCCGGGCCACCCCGCAGCCUACCCCCACCACUCGUCUUUGUCAAGCAGUCCACACCAUACAGGGCCCGGUGGGCCUCACCACGGCUAUGGAGCGAAUGGUGGCGGCGGUGGAGGUGGUGGUGGCGGUGGUGGAGGCACCACAACAACCCCGGACCUCCCGAGUCCACAUUCACCACCCCAUGGAGUUUCCACGGACCCGGCUACUCCCUAUGGCUCUUUACAAGCUGGCCAAGGUAUGGGUGCCAAUGGACAUCAUCAUGGAGCCGGUAGUAUGAUGACCGACCAUCCGCACCAUCCGGGACAUCCUCAUCCCCAUCUACCAGGUCAUCCUGCUUACCCACCAGUCAAUCACAAUAACAACUGUACGCUUAAGCAAGAAGGCGGUCCAAGUGUACCAACGAGCACUCAGUUAUGCGCGGGUUGUGGCGGUCAGAUAGUCGAAAGAUGGCUGUUACUCGCGAUGGAUCGCUAUUGGCAUAAUGGCUGUUUGAAGUGCACAUACUGUAAUGCGACCCUAGCGGAACUCGGCCACUCUUGCUACACCAGAAGCGGCAUGAUCCUCUGUAAGACCGACUACAGAAGAAUAUUUGGCAGUAGUGGUGCCUGUGCAGGUUGCGGCAAUCCGAUACCUGCCAGUGAAAUGGUCAUGAGGACGGGUGGAUCCGUGUUUCAUCUAAAGUGCUUCACCUGCAGCAAAUGCGGUGGACAGCUUGUUUCGGGCGACAGGUACUAUCUAUUGUCCGGUUCACCGGUUUGUGAAACAGACUGGCACAAGAUACUGAAAUCAUCGAGCGUUGCUGCAGCGACUGCAGCAGCAGCAGCAGCAGGAAACGGUGGUGCACCGGUAAGGAAAGGUAAGGUCGGCCGGCCUCGAAGGAGCCGCGAAUGAGGCGGCAACCCGGUCGGUCGCCCGAAGAAGGUUCAACCCUCUCCGCAAGCGACGCCCGUUGUCGUACCAACGCAGGUCGACGUUGCGGACGUUGCUGUAGGAGGGGAUCCCUAUUCGCCGCCUCCGCCGGGUCAUCAGCACUACCAUCAUCAUCAUCACCACCAUCAUCACGAACACCAUCAGAUGAGCCUCGUGCAUCCGGGUUUGGCGGCUCAGCAAACGACGCACAUGCAACAGCCAUCCUCCGGCAGCUAUCAAGAGUGGCCGCCGUGGGCGCAGGAUCCUUGUGACUGAACAGACCCCUCCGACCUGGUGGUUGGUACUCUACCAGGCCCGUCUCCAGCAUGCGUCUCUCUCUCGAAGAUCACGUCCUUCUCUCUCGUUGUAAGAAAAUGUCGUCGACGUGCGUGAGAUGCGUGUUCGCAUCGGGAGAAGAAUGUGCGUUGUAAAGACGAUCGAAAAUCAACGUGUACGUAUAUAUAUAUAUAUAUACUGCGUUAUGGUUCGUUCGAUCGUCGCAAGUGCGUCGAAAAUUAAAUUCUACCGGCUGCUGGCUACACAAUGUUGCUUUUUCGUUCGGUCAUCGAAAAAAAGUAGAAACGCCAAACUUUUCGAGCACGCGUGGAGGACGAGUCGCCGUCGAUUUUUCUCUUCGCUCACGAAUCAACACGUCUGCUUUCUUGUCUUCUUUAUUCUCCUCCUUCAAUCGAUGUUCGAGACGUUACGUGUACGAGGCAAAAGGAUGAUGCUCAUCUUUCCUUUUCGAUCUAUGCUUUACAAGUUAUGUUCCUCCGAGAAAUCGAAACGCACAGAGCACAGCAGACGACGGAAAAUUCUCAAAGAAGGGAUGCACGAUGAACGUCAAUAAAGAAACUUGGGCGAUUCAAACGAGCGACGACCCAUUUCAAAUACCUCGACUCUUAGAAAAUUAUUUUUCUUUCAAAAUUAUCAGUCCUUUCGUCUCGCCGAGCAGCACGUUCCGUAAACUCGUUAAGCGUUCCUUGUUCCCGUGAUCGUUAAUGGUGUCUCUUGCUGCAAGGUGAAACCCCGUACCAACGUUAAGACUCUUAAACGAUUGAAACCGUCAUUUUAAUCUUCCUCGAUGGUUACUACGUUGUCUUGCUUCUCGUCAUUUCUUCUCUCUCUCUCCCUCUCUCUCUCUCCCUCUCUCUCUCUCCCUCUCUCUCUCUCUCUCUCACUGCCUCACCCUUUCCCUAUCUUUGUUCUCUGUCUCCCUUUCUACCUUUUUUCUUAUUUCUUUUACUCAUAAUAAUCGAACGGAACUAUAUUCGCGUUACGCGAAUAAAAUCUCUCUCAUUCGACGAAGAUUAUCGAUUUAAUUCAUUGAACGAGGAAUGCACGAGUGGUACACACUACAUUCAUAGUGGUUAUAUAAACGCGAAUUUCUCUCAAGAAGCAGAAGUACGUAUCUUCUGCACGUGGUGGUCACAUCGACGACAAGUAGGAACGCUUUCUUUUACAGCCAAUUGCUGCCUUCGAAUAACGGCUGUGAAUGUAGAAAGAUUGUAAAUGUAUGAUCCCCUUUCUUCCCCCGUGAAUGAAUCAUGUCAAAGUACUUGCGUGUAUGUGUGUUUCAGAAUAAAAAAGAAGGAGAGAAAGGAGAGAAAGGAGAGAGAGAGAGAGAGAGAGAGAAAGAAAAAGAAAGAAAGAGAAGGAAAAAGAAAAAUAAAAAGAUGGGGUCACGCAUGAAGCAAUUUGAAAUUUGCAUCAGCAUCGAUCUAUGACAUUUGUGCAAGCUUUCGUAUAUUUCUUCGAUCACUAUGUGACAAUGAGAUACAUUACGAAAAAAGAAAAAAAGAAAAUAAAUAAAUAAAAAAAAUAAAUAAAAAAGAAAAAAAAACACGAGAACAUCGUUUUUAUUUUCUAUCGGAGAGACGCGCGCACAUUUUCGAAACUCAAAUUGAACGACGAGGCGCAAGAAAUAAUAUGGGGAUGCACGCGACAUAAAGAAACUUUUUUUUUCAAGCGACAGGGUUACGAUCAUCCGCAAUAAAUGUAACAUAAAUGUAUAAUCUUAUAACACGUUGCGAUAUAAUCUAUAAACCGCACGUAGCCAAUGUCGUUUCUCGAAUGUUGGACAGGCUUUUAUCCCUUCCAAUUCUGUUUUACGUGAUGAACAGACGAGGGGAAAGAAAAGCUAAAGCGACACGCUGAUGACGAGCCAAUUCGAAGCUCUCGAUAUUGAAACUAAAGACACAAGUUUUUGAUGUAAACUGUACCAUAAAGGAAAGGAUAAGAGAAAAAAAAAUAAACACCUCGAUCGUUAUACGUUUACUCGUUCCGUUAUUAGCGAACUUUUGUCUCAAGAGCUCUGCGUACUUAAAACAAAAAAAUAUUAAGGGCUCGUAGGUAGGACUUUUGGAGAAAGCGACGCGGCAAUCUUUGGAGAGAAAGAGAGAGAGAGAGAGAGAGAGAGAGAGAGAGAGAGAGAGAGAGAGAGAAAGAGAUAAUUAAAUAAUUGUUCUGCGCGUUGAUCUAACGACCGAUUUUCAGACCAAGCAAUGCACUUUUUUUCUGUUAAAUAUGUCAUCGGUCGCUGGAUCUCAACUUUUAACUAUCCAACACUCAGCAAAUUGAUUCGUCAAAAGAGCGAGAGGGAGAGAGAGAGAGUGCGAGAAAAAAAUUGAGAGGAAGAAGUGCCGCGCCGAUGGAUCGUGUAAUUUAAUCUUGUACAUAGGGUACCAUUUUGUAUAUUGUUAAAAGUUUGUGUGAUAUAAAUGGUUAUGUAUUUACUAUUGACAAAAGAAUAAGCUGCGACGACGAGUCCACCGCGCGAAUCCAACGAACAAUCGUCCGCGCGAUGACGUGCCAUUGAUUUUUUGUUUUUAAUAUUAACAAACUACGUGCCUCACUACGAUUUAUAUUUUCUUUAUAUUUUACUUUUUCUUUCUCAAUCUUGUUCAAUGUAUUUCUUUUUUUUUUUUAGUUUUCUGAGAUCGCGAUUUAUCCAUUUGAAAUGUGUUAUUUCUUACUUUUGUUCAUUGUUUAAUGAAAUUCAACAUAUGUUCAACAUAUUGGCAGCUAUUUAAACGUCUCGCGGAUCGAUCGUCUGUUUCGCGCGCUUAUUUGACUCGUAGGUACGCGUUUAAAAAGACAGCAAUAAGAAAAGGUUCGAAAUGCGCCAGAAGGGUCGACAUUCCUCGAUUCCUGGAAUAAAUAAUGCUCGAACUGCAUCCUAGAAUUCUGCAAUAAAUAAUAAUUAUUAUUAUUAUAAUAAUAAAUAUGUGUUAUAUAUUUAUAUUAUAUAUAAUAUUUGCAUUAUGUAUAAUAUCAAUAAUAUAUGCAUUAUUAUAAUAAUAGUAUUUAUUGUCAUUUAAUAAUAGGCGGCAUUCUUGGAUUUCGAGGCAAUGUGUGUAAAUAUAAUGGAAACGGGGGACGCGCACCACAGUAUCUGAAGUUGUGACUUCGACGGGACACGUCCUCAGUUUUUCUUCGACGAACGCGCGCACAGAUCGGCGACGAUCUUUUGCGUUUAGUUAAUUUUGUUAUUUGAUUUAUCUCGAUUUUUUCUUAAAAACCGGGACCGGACAUCUUUAAUGCGGUUUCGCAAGCCUCUUGUAAAAUACUAUUACACGGAAAGACUCGGACACACAUACGAACACGUUUAUUAAUUAAUAAAAAUACAACUUUUUAGAAA